GCCUCGAUGGGUUGCUCCGAGAGUUCGUCUCGUUCUAGGGGACCUCGUCAUAGUGAGCAUGUGCUGUGUGCCUCUGUAUGAAACUAGUUCGGGCACCUUCUGUCUCUAUUCGCUUAGUUGCGGAUUUGCUGGCUCGCCUUGCUGAGUGAUACCCUGCCAGCGGAAUCAAUCAGUCCAUGGUUUGGUUGGAUUCUCCACCUUAUUGUUCAGUGCGCGAGAUCAAUUUCAGUUGGGUCAGUAGGAAACUUGGUGCCGAGGUGCUGGUGCGGUUUAUGUUCCAUUAACUUUUGGGGUUUAACUGUACCUCCAGUGCCCCCUAGCUAUGCGUCUGCAGUUGAGUGGUUUGUGGUUAUUUGGGUUGUGCAACUGAACUGCCUGAAGAUUGAGUUGUAUGGAUGGUGAUGCUUAGAGCAAUUUGAAAUUAGUCGUGCUACGUGCGGGUCUACUAAGGUAUGUGAUGUGGGUGCUCUUGGCUGCUGAUAGAAAUGGUGAAAUUUAAGCUGUCUUUCACUUCAGUUGAGGGUACAUGUUCUUCUAUUGGUGUUCAGGCUAUCUGAUUGUUGCAGUGAUUUAUUGCACUCGAAGGACUGCAUUUCCCUUGAAAAUUGGAAAUUUUAGACAUUUGGAACUGUUGAAUGGAGUAUUCGUCAAGUGAAGAUGAGGAAUUGGUUGAAGAUUUCAUCGAUGUUGAGGAUGAUACGGGUACUGAGAAUAUUGACCAAGGAACUGGUGUGGUGGCUUCCCAGAUUCAUGCUAUCGAUCCCUCUGAUGGAACCAUGCCACCAACUGGAAAUGAGCUGCUGAUGGCAGCUGAUAUGGUGGGAAACAAUGAUGAACCACGCAUGGGUAUGGAGUUUGAAUCUGAUGCAGCUGCCCGGGUGUUCUACAACGCAUAUGCCUUACGUUUUGGGUUUGGGAUCCGUGUUGCACGAUCCCGUAGCGAGCGGAGAAAGGGUGUUGAGGUGCUCGUUAUGAAGCGUUUUGUGUGCUUGAAAGAGGGUCAUCACAAGAAGAAGCCUGUGGAGCCUAGCAACAAGAAAAAGAGGAAGCGCCUCUCUAUACGGGAUGGGUGCCCAGCGAUGAUGGAGGUGGUGCGUAGGGGCCCAGAUAAGUGGGUUAUCACGAAGUUGGUGCUGGAGCACAACCAUGUUAUUGCUAGUGCAGAUCGGGCACGGGAAGUCCAACUCCGCCGCCUCUCUGGGAAAUUUCAGGAGCAUGAGAACCAAUUGCAGGAGGUGCGAAGGAAUGUGUUUGGAGAUACAGAUGCUCAAGGACUGUUUGAUUACUUCAAGAGAAUGCAGUCAGUGAACUCCGGUUUUUUCUGUUCUAUACAAGUCGACAGUAAGAACUGUGUAACCAAUGCAGUUUGGGUUGAUGCAAGAGCUAGAAUGGCCUACACAUACUUUGGGGAUGCUGUUUACUUCGACACUACUUAUAGUCAAAAUGAGAAUAUGCUGCCCUUUGCAGCUUUCACAGGUGUGAAUCACCAUGGUGACACUGUUGUUUUUGGUUGUGCCUUAAUUUUGGACAGGACAGAAUCUUCAUAUGGUUGGAUUUUUGAGACAUGGAUGGCAGCGAUGGAUAAACGAUUGCCAUUUUCCUUUACUACCGAUGAAGGCAAGGGUAUGGCAGCUGCAGUUGCCAAAGUAUUUCCUCAAUGUUUCCAUCGUCUUUGCAGAUGGCGAAUCUUGUCCAGAUGUAAGAAGAAAUUGACUGAUGUCUACACAAGAUUUCCCGGGUUCCAUGAUGAGCUAAAGAGAUGUAUCAACAGGUGUGAUACUGUACCUGUUUUUGACAUGGUCUGGGGUUCCAUUCUUGACAAGUAUGGCCUGAGAGAUGAUACUUGGCUGCAGUCACUGUAUGAGAUAAGGCACAAAUGGGUUCCUGCAUACCUAACCAGCUCCUUCUUCGCCGAGUUGUCAUUAACUCAUAGAGUAGAAACAGUCAGCAGGUUUCAUAGGAAUAACUUCACUGCAAGAGUUUCUUUGAGUACUUUUAUCACUAGAUUUGAUCAGUACAUGGACGGUUUGUAUGCAAAUGAAGCCCAGAAAGACAUCAUUUCAUUUCCUCCUGAACAACUUCUGAAAAUCAACACGGACUUGGAAAAACAAGCGGCGAGCAUCUACACCAGAGCUGCAUUUGAAACAUUCCAGGUGGAAUUGAUUGAAGCAUUGCAGCAUUAUGCCGUCAAAGUUCAGGACGGACCAUACAUGAAGUACUACGUCGAUAGAGAUGGCGAUCCUCCUACCAGGCAUACCGUUUUCUACAACGUAGCUGAGAAGAAGGCCUGGUGCGAUUGCUGCCGGUUUGCCUUCUCAGCGAUACUUUGCAGGCAUGUCCUUGGGGUGUUCGUCUUGGCUGGUGUCAUCAUGCUUCCAGAGCCAUGCAUCACGAAGCGAUGGACAAAGAAGGCCAAGAUGGGGCCAGAACUGAUUGGGCUUAAUGUAGGAAAUGAUAGUGGCAGCGCAGAUUCAGUGGCUUCCAGAUAUAAUGAUCUUGUUCGUGACGCGAUGAAGUGUGCAGAGAAGGGAGCUGUAUCAGCCGGCGCCUUUAAAGUUGCAAAGGAAGUGCUGAGUAAAGCGUUCAUGGAGAUCAAGGGUCUUGGGGAGAAACCGAACAGGGAUGCUCUGCACUCUGCAGCAAGUAGAUAGCAGAUAGCAGCAAUUUGAUGUCUUGGAGGGGGCAUUUGGGAGAUUGAUCUGGGCAUCUUUUGUGAAGAAUUUGUUACCACACCAUGAGGAUAAACUUUACGUCUUUACCUGCUUGCAACGAUGACCUAUCGACAUGUCAGGCUGUUGUCAAGAAAAUCCAAUCUUGCUGAUCGAGUUGUAUAUGUCAAUGCUACAGUGUAUCCUUACGUCUCUACCUGACUUGUGGCAACCAGAUAGUAAUUUCUGGCCUCCUGCCUGAGUGCCUGAGUGAUGCGGCUGUGUUUAUGACGUCACAAAUCACAUCUACUCAUAUACAGGAAUGGUGUGCUUGCUCUUGUACAGUUUAUCUAAUUUUUUUUGGGGAAAAAAUCUGACGGUGUGCUCAA